GGUAUAUAUUCGUUGAAAAAUUAAAUUGUUUUGACUUUGAACAAUUGAGACUAUAAACAAAUUAAGGAUUCACCAUGGCUGGAAUCAAAGCUCUAGUGACGCUGGCUUUCCUGGCCUCUCUUGGUGUGAUGUUCCUCAUCUUGGCCUGUGCUCUGCCCCGCUACAAUAACUGGUGGCCGCUGUUUGUACUGGUGUUCUACGUGCUGGCGCCGCUACCGAACAUGUGCAACCGCUCGGACGGGUCCGGCAACACGUCACCUCGCCGCGAGUUUGGCUGGUUCAUCACAACCAUCAUCAUCGUGUCAGCCUUCGCCCUGCCUAUUGUUCUGGCGCGCUCCCCUGCCACUGCUCCUGUGAUUGAGUGGGGCGCGUGCUGGCUGGUGCUGGCAGGCAACGUCGUCACUUUCUUGACGAUCUUCGGCUUUGUGAUGAUGGCGGACAGCGACGACAUCGAGUACAGCAUGUGAAUGUGAGGACCGAGACCCCGACUUACCUUCGUGCUGCUCCAUGCAGUCGCAGUCAACGGCCCCAGUACACAAUAUUUCUAGCAUUCAAACGCCCUCAGCUGUGCUGCUAAGUGCCUUUUACUUUCAUUUAUUUCCCAAAUUACGGCGUUACUUGUUGUAAUAAUUCUUGAUAAUUUAUAAUAUGCUAUUCUAUAGUGAUGAAACUAGAAGAAUUUGAAGAUAUCAAUUCAAUGCAGGCUAACUGUCGGUAACAGGGUUUGGUUUUUCAGUCAUGUCUUUUUUUUUAUGUCUCAAAGCCUUGAUGUAGCCAAAGAUACUGGUUUACUUUAAUAAUUUCAGAGUAAAGGUGCGCACACAGGAAAAGCAGGUUGCCAGCGUGCUGGUUACCUGCUCAGGCUGGCGCCUGAAA